AUGCGACACUUAAUAUUUACCAUACCAUCAGAACAAGCUGAGACAUCAUUGAUAGAACUAGUAGACAUCGAGGACAAUACCUACUCUAUUUUAACGACCACCGAAAACAAAACAAAUAAUGACAAUAAUUUCCGCGAAUGUUUCCAAGAAGAGUAUGAUAAUAAUAAUUAUGACACUCAUAACCCAGUAUUGAAUUUGCACAGCGUAAGUCUCAUUGAAGAACUUCUGGCAUCAUCUAUCAGUGUUGCUUCAACACCAAAGAGAUCUGUUCUAGAUGAUUUGCAUAAGUACCUACAUUUUUUGUAA